GAAGCAGCAAAAACAUACAACACCAGGGAUUCGCUGGUCGUCACCGACCCAACUACUAAUCUGGCUCUCACAAGCUUGUCUAGGGGAGAGCGGACGGGAUCCCGAAUAUUCUUGUGGAUAUGGUCGUAUGUGACAAUUGCGCAGCCGGAUUUGAGCUUAUCUUGGGAAGAUCCUGGGAGAGCGACGAUGCUGGGAGACUGCCUUCGCCGAAGCCCAAGGACAGGUCUCCCGUGGCUCUCAAGUGAGAUGGGUGAGAGAUGA